AUGGCUCUUGUUGGUAUUGAUUUUCGCGCACCUCUGCGCACAGUAAAACGUGUACAGUUCGGAAUUCUUAGUCCAGAUGAAAUAAAACGAAUGUCAAUUGGAGAAAUUGAAUUCUCUGAAAUCUAUGAAAAUGGAAAACCAAAGAUGGGUGGCCUUAUGGAUCCACGUCAAGGUGUAAUAGAUCGAAGAGGACGCUGUAUGACUUGUGCAGGUUGCUUGGCUGAUUGUCCAGGACAUUUUGCUCAUAUCGAACUUGCUAAACCUGUAUUUCACAUUGGAUUUCUCAGUAAAACAUUGAAACUUCUACGUUGCGUUUGCUUUUACUGUAGCCGUUUACUAAUUGAUAAAGAUAGCUCUCGCGUGAAGGAUAUAAUGAAAAAAACUGUUGGAAAUACACGUCGUAGACUAAGCAUUAUUUAUGACGUUUGCAAAUCAAAAUCCAUUUGUGAAGCUGGUGAUGAACUGCAUGCGGUUGGAGAAGAUGGGGAUGACGGAGAUAAAGUGAAAUCAGGUGGUUGUGGCAGAUACCAGCCAUCAUAUAAAAGAGUGGGAAUAGACAUAAUUGCAGAAUGGAAAAAGCAUGUUAAUGAGGAUACGCAAGAAAGAAAAAUGGUCUUAACCGCAGAACGAGCACUUGAAAUUUUCAAGUCAAUAACUGAUGCAGAUUGUAUUGUACUUGGCAUGGAACCACGUUUCGCACGUCCAGAUUGGAUGAUUGCACAAGUUAUCCCUGUUCCGCCAUUAGCUGUUAGACCUGCUGUCGUAACAUUUGGUUCCGCUCGUAAUCAGGAUGACUUGACACACAAGCUCUCUGAUAUUGUCAAAACUAAUAAUCAGUUAAAAAGGAAUGAAGCAAAUGGAGCAGCAGCUCAUGUCCUGGCAGAGGAUGUCAAGCUGUUGCAGUAUCAUGUAGCCACACUAGUUGACAACUGCAUACCUGGCCUUCCCGCGGCAACUCAAAAAGGAGGUCGUCCGUUGAAAUCCAUCAAGCAACGUCUCAAAGGAAAGGAAGGCCGUAUCAGAGGAAAUUUGAUGGGAAAACGAGUAGAUUUUUCAGCUCGAACUGUAAUUACACCAGAUCCAAAUUUACCCAUAGAUACAGUCGGUGUACCGCGUACUAUUGCUCAAAAUAUGACAUUUCCAGAAAUUGUCACGCCGUUCAAUAUUGAUAAAUUGCAAGAAUUAGUGAAUCGUGGAGAUAGUCAGUAUCCUGGUGCCAAAUACAUCAUCCGUGAAAAUGGCGCUCGAGUAGAUUUACGUUAUCAUCCAAGAGCAGCAGAUCUUCAUUUGCAACCUGGUUAUAGAGUAGAGCGACAUAUGAAGGAUGGUGAUAUUAUCGUAUUUAAUCGGCAACCAACGCUACAUAAGAUGUCUAUGAUGGGUCAUAAAGUCAAGAUUCUGCCGUGGUCAACAUUUCGCCUCAAUCUUUCUGUAACAACACCUUAUAAUGCUGAUUUUGAUGGCGAUGAAAUGAAUUUACAUUUACCGCAAAGUCUGGAAACAAAAGCUGAAAUCUCUGAAAUUGCAAUGGUACCUAGACAAUUGAUCACACCUCAGGCUAACAAGCCGGUGAUGGGUAUUGUCCAAGAUACGCUCACAGCUGUUCGAAUGAUGACUAAACGUGAUGUUUUCAUUGAAUUACCUCGAAUGAUGGAUCUUCUGAUGCAAAUGCCGAACUGGGAUGGCAAAAUUCCUCAGCCUGCCAUAUUGAAACCGAAACCAUUGUGGACGGGAAAACAAAUUUUCACUCUUAUCAUUCCAGGUAAUGUAAACGUACUUCGAACGCAUUCAACACAUCCUGAUGACGAGGAUAAUGGACCUUACAGAUGGAUUUCACCUGGAGAUACUAAGGUAAUUAUUGAACAUGGUGAACUACUGUCAGGAAUUAUUUGUUCGCGAACAGUGGGUCGUUCAGCUGGUAAUUUAUUGCAUGUUGUCACACUAGAGCUUGGUUGGGAAGUUGCUGCGCAUUUCUAUUCUCAUAUACAAACUGUUGUCAAUGCAUGGUUGCUGGCUGAGGGUCAUACUAUUGGUAUCGGAGACACGAUAGCUGAUCAAGCCACAUAUCGUGAUAUUCAAGAAACCAUCAGAAAAGCAAAGUUGGAUGUCGUUGAAGUGAUUGAAAAAGCACAUAAUGAUGAAUUGGAGCCAACUCCAGGUAAUACUUUGAGGCAAACGUUUGAAAAUAUGGUGAAUCGUAUACUAAAUGAUGCUCGAGAUCGAACUGGUGGUAGUGCACAACGUUCUUUGUCCGAAUAUAAUAAUUUUAAAGCCAUGGUUGUUGCGGGUUCCAAAGGAUCUAAAAUUAAUAUAUCACAGGUCAUUGCUUGUGUUGGGCAACAGAAUGUAGAAGGUAAAAGAAUACCAUUUGGUUUCCGUCAUAGGACACUUCCUCAUUUCAUUAAAGAUGAUUAUGGGCCAGAAUCAAAAGGCUUCGUUGAAAAUUCAUAUCUGGCAGGAUUAACACCAUCCGAAUUUUUCUUUCAUGCUAUGGGUGGCCGUGAGGGUCUUAUUGACACUGCUGUUAAGACAGCAGAAACGGGUUACAUUCAACGGAGAUUAAUCAAAGCAAUGGAAAGCGUGAUGGUUAAUUAUGAUGGCACUGUACGUAAUUCACUUGGCCAAUUAGUGCAGUUAAGAUAUGGUGAGGAUGGUUUAGAUGGUAUGUGGGUCGAAAAUCAAUCGAUGCCAAGUAUGAAACCAACUAAUGCCUUGUUUGAAAAAGAAUUCAAAUUGGAUCUCUCUGAUGAAAAGUCGCUACGUAAAAUAUACACUGAAAACGUUGUCCGCGAGCUUCAAGGCUCAGCAGAAGCUCUGAAAGAGGUGGAAGCUGAGUGGGCUCAACUUGAAGAAGAUCGUCGCUUGCUUCGAAAGAUUUUCCCGAAAGGAGACGCAAAAAUUGUGUUGCCUUGUAACUUGCAAAGGAUGAUCUGGAACGCGCAAAAAAUAUUUCGGGUGGAGCUGAGAAAACCAACUGAUCUUAAUCCAUUACGUGUGAUUGAAGGUGUUAAAGAACUGAGUAAAAAGCUCGUUAUUGUUAGUGGUGAGGAUCGAAUUAGUAAACAGGCACAGUACAAUGCAACGCUACUCAUGAAUAUACUUCUUCGAUCAACACUUUGUGCUAAAAGAAUGGCUGAGAAAUAUCGUUUAAAUUCGGAGGGUUUUGAAUGGCUUAUUGGUGAAAUUGAAUCUCGUUUCAAACAAGCAAUUGUACAGCCCGGUGAAAUGGUUGGUGCCAUAGCAGCCCAAAGUUUGGGUGAACCUGCCACUCAGAUGACAUUAAACACCUUCCACUAUGCUGGUGUCUCAGCUAAAAAUGUUACACUUGGUGUACCACGUCUUAAAGAAAUUAUUAAUAUUUCAAAGAAACCGAAAACACCAUCCUUGACAGUAUUCUUACAAGGAACUGCUGCAAAAGAUGCUGAAAAAGCUAAAGAUGUCCUUUGCAAGUUAGAACAUACAACACUUCGAAAAGUUACUGCUAAUACGGCAAUUUAUUACGAUCCAGAUCCCAAAAAUACUGUAAUUGAAGAGGAUCAGGAAUGGGUGAACAUUUUCUACGAAAUGCCAGAUUUCGAUACAUCGCGAUGUAGUCCAUGGCUUUUACGCAUUGAAUUAGACCGUCGACGAAUGACUGAUAAGAAACUAACUAUGGAAGCUAUUGCGGAUAAAAUUCAUCAGGGAUUUGGAGAUGAUUUAAAUGUGAUCUAUACCGAUGACAAUGCAGACAAAUUAGUUUUUCGGCUGCGUAUUACUAAUCAUGAGAGUGAAAAAAAUGAAGAGGAACAGAUAGAUCGGAUGGAAGAUGAUGUAUUCUUACGUUGCAUUGAAACUAAUAUGCUUAGUGAUCUAACUCUUCAAGGCAUCGAAGCCAUUAAAAAAGUGUAUAUGCAUAAGCCAACGACAGAUGAUAAAAAGCGGGUUAUUAUAACUCCGGAUGGUGGUUUUAAGGCAAUUCCUGAAUGGCUUCUUGAGACUGAUGGCACUGCCUUAGCCAAAGUACUAAGCGAGCAAAAUGUAGAUUCUGUACGCACAACAUCUAACGACAUAUGCGAGAUAUUUGAAGUUCUAGGAAUUGAGGCGGUGCGGAAAGCCAUUGAACGGGAGAUGAAUCAUGUUAUUUCAUUCGAUGGCUCUUACGUCAAUUACAGACAUUUGGCUCUUCUUUGCGAUGUCAUGACUGCUAAAGGCCAUCUUAUGGCCAUCACUCGUCAUGGAAUUAACAGACAAGAAGUGGGAGCUCUGAUGAGAUGUUCAUUUGAAGAAACUGUUGAUAUUCUCAUGGAAGCAGCUGUUCACGCUGAGCAUGAUCCAGUCAAAGGCGUAUCUGAAAAUAUCAUGUUGGGACAGUUAGCUAGAGCUGGAACAGGUUGUUUUGAUCUGGUUCUUGAUGCAGACAAAUGUAAAUUAGCUAUGGAAAUACAGACUGGAGGUGGUCUUCUUGGUACGGGUGGAAUAUAUUUUGGUAGUUCUAUUUCAUCUAUGAGUCCGGCUCAAACACCUUGGAAUGCUGGUACGACGCCAGCUUAUGGAGCUGCAUGGAGUCCAGCAACUGGUUCAGGAAUGACACCCGGUGGUGCAGGCUUUUCGCCUUCAGGGCAUAGCGAAGGAGGUUUUUCUCCUUAUGGCGGAAGUUGGAGUCCAGGUUCACCUGGUGGAUCUCUUGGUGGAAUGUCACCCUCUGCUGCUGGAGGGUAUUCUCCUGCUGGCAGUGAUUACGGCUCUGGAUUAGAAGGACUUAGUAGUCCCGGUUAUUCGCCUACUAGUCCGUCAUCUCCUUAUGGUGCUUCAUCACCUGCUUAUGGUGUGAUGAGCCCAAGAUAUUCUCCAACCAGUCCAAGUUAUUCACCUACUUCACCUAGUUAUAGUCCUACCUCUCCAAGCUACUCACCGACUAGUCCAAGUUAUUCUCCAACAUCACCUUCCUAUUCGCCAACUUCACCAAGUUAUUCACCAACAUCACCGGGUUAUUCUCCUUCUUCUCCUCGAUAUUCACCUACUUCACCUGCUUACAGUCCAACAAGCCCGACAUACAGUCCUACUUCACCUGCCUAUUCACCGACGAGCCCAACUUACAGUCCAACAAGUCCAUCUUACAGUCCUUAUUCUCCCACUUCGCCGCAGUACUCACCAUCCUCACCAAGAUACAGUCCAUCAAGUCCACAGUACUCGCCGACAUCACCUCAGUACAGUCCAAGUUCACCAGGGGGACCAGGCACUUCGGUUUGUUUUACUUUUAUUUUAUUUGAAUUUACUUCUCCUCAGUACAGUCCCUCAUCUCCUCAAUAUUCACCAAGUUCGCCUCAGGUUAUUUUCUUACUUUCUCACCAAUCAACUGCAGAAAUUGUUUUAAAAUGCGUUUUUAGUGUAUUUAGCUUUUAG